CCGGUAUAUAGUCUGUAAUCAUAUACGUUCUCUCGUCACCCCAAUACAAGUGAUUGCCUAUUAUAUAAGAUAAAGGUACUGUUAAACGCGGUACGACGAUGACUCCGAUACCAGCAAGCCCCUCGGCCGCUCUUCGCGGAGGUCUAAGGGAAGCCCUCCGUAGUCGUCAGGAGGCUAGGAAUCGCAAAAGCUGCGAACCAUGUCGAGAAAGGAAAGUAAGGUGUGAUAGGGGAUAUCCAUGCGCGACGUGCAGUAAACGAGGUUAUCCGGACUUGUGUGCAUACCGCGAAUCACGGCCACGACGCUGUAGCACGGAACACGAACUAGCAACAGCACAACUGGCUCUGGCUGAUGGAAUUUCUAGCGUACCUUCACCGCCUGUACAACUCGUUACAGAUACAAAUAGUCACCAUCUUGAAUUCACUAGCAAUGAAAGUUCAGUCGACCCUCAUCUCCCGCAAGCAACCUCACUCGCGACGGUUACUCGAGAGUCCUCUUCAUAUCUCAUCGAUCGUCCCGGUGAUCGUUCGGCAUUCGAGGCGGGCGUCCUACCUCUCUUGGGCAUGAAUGAGCAUAUAAGUACCAAUCUGCCCAUAGCACAUUUUCAUGGUUUCCUCAACGACUUCCUAUCUGUUGAACAAGAUGUUUAUGCCCUGUUCCAAUCUUACAAGCGCCGCGUCCACCCCUUUAACACAAUCCCUAUCGACCUCGGCCAGAUGGAGAAGCGGCUGUGCGCUAUCAUCGAAUUUAGGCACAAUCCAGGAGCUGAAGUGGGACUGGAGGUGGAUAAAGUUCCUCAAUGGCUUUGCUUUAUUACAUGCCGUGUUGGCAUCUGGAGCGCAGUUCUCUGAGAUAUCUCUGGAACAGCGGUCUUUAUUAUCACGGGAACAUACAAAACUCGCAUUUGAGCUACUCAGGAGGACCGAUUACCUUGCUCGGCCCUCCAAAGAGGCAAUUCAAGCGCUAUUACUACUAGGUAAUAUACUUCAAGAUGAAUUUAAACCCCAAGCAGCGUGGGCUCUUGUGGGUGCAAC